UAUGGACCCCUCUCUCAGUAUAAUGGCGGGUAAAUAUGUAAAUAAAAUACAUAUGCUGGAAAGAAAACUAAUACUGGUGAGAUGAUUCUUAAAACUCUUUAUAAAUGUGUAAUAUAAUAAUAGCCGUUUCAUUAUUGUAAAUAACCAGCUCUAGGGGCAGGUCUAGGAACUCAUUAUUUUCCAAGCAGUGAGGGGUAUACACGACGUUUCGAGAUAUCCACAACCUGAUGUGCCAGUGUCUGUGAUUGUAAUUCGUAACAAAGUUGCAGGUACUGCUAACAGUACACUCUUAAUAAGAGGAAAAACUAAAUAUUAGAAGUUGAUGAAAGUCAAUAUGUAACUUUUUCCCAUGUGAGUUCGACUUACAGACCCCUUAGGGCGCACGGACCACAGGUUAAGGCCCCUCUGAAGGCGCACGAGUUUAGGAGAAGCUCCGUUGUGGGUUUUCAGUCCUGAAGGUGAGCCGCGGGGUAGGCACGCAUGGGCGCUCAGAAAAGGGAAGGCAGAGGCGCCUCCCCGGCUGCGCCUGCGGAGGGAUGACCCACACUCCCCUCCCCUGGCUUCUUUGGCCUGGUUUCACGCGACUAGAGGAAGUUAAAGACCCGUGUGACUGAAGAGGAGCUCACAGUUCCCAGCGUCUGCUCCCGCGGUGUCCAGCGCCCAGAAUGCAGCUUCUGGUCCUGCUAUGGGGUUGCCUGCUGCUCCCAGGUUAUGAAGCCUUGGAGGGCCCAAAGGAAAUCAGCGGGUUCGAAGGGGACACUGUGUCCCUGCAGUGCAUCUACAGGGAAGAGCUGAGGGACCACCGGAAGUACUGGUGCAGGAAGGGUGGGAUCCUCUUCGCUCGCUGCUCUGGCACUAUCUAUGCAGGAGAGGAAGGCCAGGAGACAACGGAGGGCAGGGUGUCCAUCCGUGACAGCCGCCAGGAGCUCUCGCUCAUUGUGACCCUGUGGAAUCUCACCCUGCAAGACGCUGGGAAGUACUGGUGUGGGGUCGAAAAACGGGGCCCCGAUGAGUCUUUACUGAUCUCUCUGUUCGUCUUUCCAGGACCCUGCUGUCCUCCCUCCCCUUCUCCCACCUUCCAGCCUCUGGCUACAACACGCCUGCAGCCCAAGGCAAAAGCUCAGCAAACCCAGCCCCCAGGAUUGACUUCUCCUGGGCUCUACCCGGCCAUCACCACAGCCAAGCAGGGGAAGACAGGGGCUGAGGCCACUCCAUUCUCAGGGACGUCCCAGUAUGGGCACGAAAGGACUUCUCAGUACACAGGAACCUCUCCUCAUGCAGCGACCUCUCCUCCUGCAGGGAGCUCCCGCCCCCCCAUGCAGCUGGACUCCACAUCAGCAGAGGACGCCAGUCCAGCUCUCAGCAGUGGCAGCUCUAAGCCCAGGGUGUCCAUCCCAACGGUCCGCAUACUGGCCCCAGUCCUGGUGCUGCUGAGCCUUCUGUCGGCCGCAGGCCUGAUCGCCUUCGGCAGCCACCUGCUCCUGUGGAGAAAGGAAGCUCCACAGGCCACAGAGACACAGAGGAACGAGAAGGUCUGCCUCUCACACUUGGUAAGGACAGAGGCAUAUGGAAGCCCAAGCUCAGAUCCCCUUGGGGCUGGAAGUCAAGAUUCCUGGGCUUUGCCUCUGUUACUUCCUACCUGGUCCUCCUUGCCUGACCUAGAGGCAGCACUUGCUCCCCACCUUGGAGGAAUCUGUGUGAGCCCCAAGAUCAGCCCUGCAGGGUGUGAGCCAGACAGACUGCCCAUGGGGGACUCACAGCCGCUGGGGAAUGGCCGGGACCCAGAGGACGCCGUGAUCAACCUUGCAGGGCCCAUGGGGUCUCUCACCAUCCCCGAGCCCUCUCUCAGCCUCGACACAGACAUCCAGUAUCUAAGCCAGACUACAGAGGAAAAGGAAGCCCCUUCCCAGGCCCCUGAGGGGGACGUGAUCUCGAUGCCUCCCCUCCACACAUCUGAGGAGGAGCUGGGCUUCUCGAAGUUUGUCUCAGUGUAGGGUAGGAGGCCCUCCUGGCCAGGCCAGCCGUGAAGCAGUGUGGCUGGCUGGAUCAGCACCGAUUCCCGAAAGCUUUCCACCUCAGCCUCACAGUCCAGCUGCCCGGACUCCAGGGCUCUCCCCACCCUCCCCAGGCUCUCCUCCUGCGUGUUCCAGCCUGACCUAGAAGCAUUUGUCAGCCCUGAAGCCCAGAGCGGUGGCCUUGCCCUUCCGGCUGGAGACUGGGACAUCCCUGAUAGGUUCACAUCCCUGGGCAGGGUACCAGGCUGCUGACCCUCAGCAGGGCCAGGCAAGGCUCAGUGGAUCUGGUCUGAGUUUCUAUCUGCCAGGAACUCUCCUGGGCCUCAUGCCCAGUGUCGGACCCUGCCUUCCUCCCGCUCCAGACCCCACCUUGUCCUCCCUCCCUGGCGUCCUCAGACUCAGUCCCACGGUCUCCUGCAUCAGCUGGUGAUGAAGAGGAGCAUGCUGGGGUGAGACUGGGAUUCCGGCUUCUCUUUGAGCCACCUGCAUCCCAGCCCUUCAGGAAGCCCGUGAAAAAUGUGAUUCCUGGGCCCCACCAAGACCCACCAAAACCAUCUCUGGGGCUUGGUGCAGGACUCUGAAUUUCUAACAAUGCCCAGUGACUGUUGCACUUGAGUUUGAGGGCCGGUGGGCCUGAUGAACGCGCAGACCCCUCCAGCUUGGAGUCUGCAUUUGGACUGUGACGUCUCCCGCCUGCCUCCAUAAGAUCUGCUCUGUCCACGACACCACGACCCAGCUGGGGACUCCCCUGAGGCCUGCCUAAGUCCAGGCCUGGGUCAGUUCAGGUGCACAUUGCAGGGAUAAGCCCAGGACCGGCAGAGAGUGGUUACCUUUCCAUUUGCCCUCCCUGGCCAUGCCUUCUUCCCUUUGGAAAAAUGAUGAAGAAAACCUUGGCUCCUUCCUUGUCUGGAAAGGGUUACUUGCCUAUGGGUUCUGGUGGCUAGAGAGAGGAGUAGAAAACCAGAGUGCACAUGGGUGUCUAACACGGAGGAGAGUAGGAACAGGGCAGAUACCUGAAGGUGACUCCGAGUCCAGCCCCCUGGAGAAGGGGUCGGAGGUGGGGGUAAAGUAGCACAACUACUAUUUUUUUCUUUUUCUAUUAUUAUUGUUUUUUAAGACAGAAUCUCACACUGCCACCCAGGCUGGAGUGCAGUGGCACGAUCUGCAAACUCCGCCUCCUGGGUUCAAGCGAUUCUCCUGCCUCAGCCUCCCGAGUAGCUGGGAUUACAGGCACGCACCACUACACCUGGCCAAUUUUUGUAUUUUUAGUAGAGACGGGGUUUCACCAUGUUGGCCAGGCUGGUCCCGAACUCCUGACCUCAAAUGAUCCUCCUGCUUCAGUCUCCCAAAUUGCCGGGAUUACAGGCAUGAGCCACCGCGCCUAGCCCUAUUUCCUUUAAAAAGUGAAAUUAAGAGUUGUUCAGUAUGCAAAACUUGGAAAGAUGGAGGGGAAAAAGAAAAGGAGGAAAAAAUGUCACCCAUAGUCUCACCAGAGACUAUCAUUAUUUCGUUUUGUUGUACUUCCUUCCACUCUUUUCUUCUCCACAUAAUUUGCCGGUGUUCUUUUUACAGAGCAAUUAUCUUGUAUAUACAACUUUGUAUCCUGCCUUUUCCACUUUAUCGUUCCAUCACUUUAUUCCAGCACUUCUCUGUGUUUUACAGAACUUUUUAUAAAUAAAAUGUUCAUCAGCUGCAUAUUCCA